AACACACUUGCUAUAAAUUCCUCUAUUUCCCAAUAUAACUUCACAACACAAACCUCGUUUUCGUUUUCACACAUGGUUUCUUCUUUUGUCACAUGUCUCAAACCUUUUACGUUCCUCAAUCUUGUUUCAUAGUAACUUUUGAUAUUCAUUCCCAACCUAAACUUCAAUUAGUCCUCUCUUACCACCUUCCCAUAAUUUGAGAUCCGUUUAUUUCGUUACAUAAACAAAUCUCAUAGAAAAUAUUUCCCAAAAAUUCUAUUGACAAAAUCAACACAACCCUUUUCUUUCUUAUUCGUUGUCGCAAACUUUUUGUGCCAAUUAAUCGCAAUGGGUGUGAAAGGUUUCGUCGAAGGAGGCAUAGCUUCCAUCAUUGCAGGGUGUUCAACACACCCUCUUGAUCUCAUCAAGGUUCGAAUGCAGCUUCAAGGAGAGAAUGCUCCUACAACCAAUAUCCGACCAGCAUUAGCUUUCCAACCCGGUUCGGUUCAUCGGUCACCAGCGGUGACGGCCCAACCGCCCCGUGUUGGGCCGAUCGCCGUUGGUGUUAAGCUAGUCCAACAAGAAGGUGUAGCAGCACUUUUCUCCGGUGUCUCUGCCACCGUUCUCCGGCAGUGUCUCUAUUCCACCACUCGUAUGGGACUCUAUGAUAUGAUGAAGAAAAAAUGGUCUGAUCCUAUCUCCGGUACUUUGCCGUUGACAAGCAAGAUUGGAGCGGGGCUGCUAGCCGGUGGGAUUGGCGCGGCUGUCGGGAAUCCGGCUGAUGUGGCAAUGGUUAGGAUGCAGGCCGAUGGAAGACUUCCAUCGGCCCAAAGAAGAAACUAUAAAUCUGUCGUCGACGCCAUCUCCAGGAUGGCGAAAGACGAGGGAGUUACUAGCCUAUGGCGCGGUUCAUCUCUGACAGUGAACCGCGCCAUGUUGGUUACCGCAUCACAGCUGGCAUCCUAUGAUGAGUUUAAGGAAAAGAUUUUGAAAAAUGGUUGGAUGAAGGAUGGGCUUGGGACCCAUGUGGUAGCGAGUUUUUCGGCAGGUUUUGUGGCCGCGGUUGCAUCGAAUCCAGUGGAUGUGAUUAAGACUAGGGUGAUGAAUAUGAAGGUGGAGGCUGGAUCGCCUCCACCUUACUCCGGUGCCAUUGAUUGUGCUUUGAAGACUAUUCGUGCUGAGGGUCCUAUGGCUCUUUAUAAGGGUUUUAUUCCUACAAUUACAAGGCAGGGACCGUUUACCGUUGUGUUGUUUGUUACAUUGGAACAGGUUCGUAAGUUGCUUAAGGAUUUCUAAGGUAGAUGCAUGAUGAUGAAGAAUUAUGUUUCGAACAACCUUAAUAAUGCUCUUUUUAGUCAGAUUUUUAUUUUUAGAUUUAAUUAUGGUUAUAAUAUAAUGUUAUUUAGUUUAGUGAUUCCAAUAGUGUGUUACCGAUUGUGAUUGAAUUCUGUACCAAGAAUUGGUGCUUAGAAUUUGGAUUAUGAGAAAUUAUUACUAUAGUUUUUAAUUUUUAAUCUUGAGAUUCUAAA